GGUUCCCAAACUGUGGGAUGUUUACCACCACCGGUGGUACAUGAGCUUGUUGUUCUACCAUUUAACUUGACAAUUUUUUUUAUGGUGGAGGUACAUGAACUAAUUAAGUUUGGGACUUGCUGUUUCAUAGUAAUCAUACUAAUACUGCAGUAGCAUUCUUGAAAGAUGUAGUGUUUUGGAUUACUGCUAUAAAAUACUAUAAUACAUUUAAUAAGGUGCUUUUCCUUCCUUCCCUGGCUCAGAGAUUGGAUUGGCCUGGCAGGGGAUUCCUCCUGAAUCUCCUGCAGCUGCUCCUGUGUUAAGGAGGGAUUGUGGUGCUCUCAUGCCAAGUCCUGGGUUGAGUUCCUUGGGUUGGUGGCUCCCUUUUCCCAUCCUACUCACUAAGUCUAAGCACUUGGUGUAGGUUUGUUUUUUUUUCUUCUCUUGCCCUUAGAUGAUUUCUAGGCUCUCUCUUGGUCCGGCCUCGCUCCACUGCCUGGCUCUGAUAUAUAACAAAAUACAUCAUGGGCCAAAUUCAAAUCUAGUGUAAAUGGCUCCAAUACUUUUUAAGAGAAAGGAGUUGCACUCACUUACCUCAAGUCUGUGUUGAGUACCAGGUACUUUUAAAGGUUAGAUUAAUGUGAAUUUAACCUUUGGGCCAUAUUCAACCCAUAUAAAUCCACGGAAGUCAAGACAUAAGCCAGGGAUGUAUUUUGGCCCAAUAAUAAUGUUAUAUAUUAGUGCUCAUGUCAUUUUUAAAACACCUAACUGGUUGGUGAUUUGCAAUCUUGGAGUUGGUUAGCUGUGGUAAGGGAAGACGUUUAUUGUAUGGUGUCCUUUUCCUUCCCCUCUCCUGUGCCCGGAGAUCCACUCCAGGUUUUCUUUCCCGCUCCGCUUCUGUAUUUCGCCUAUGCAAUGUGUAGCACGUUUUUCUCUCGCUCUCUCUCGCUCUGGGUGUCUCUUUCCCUCAGUCACUGUGUCUGUCUCCAGGAUUUCUCCCUUCCUACUUGAGGAGGCUGCUCCUGCAGGCUCCGUCCGCGUGUGUGAAGCAGAGGUUCCCCUGGCUCCCGUAAAUACAACCCGUACAUGCACUCUGACCCACCCACCCACACACAGAGUAACACCACCAGAGGCGCGCGCACGCACACACACACACACACACACUUGUGCAUGCUCCAGUCCAUCCCCACACGCGCAGACAGGGAGUGAGGGCUCGCCAGCCUCACACAGGCAGGCACCGCUCAGUGGCUCCAGGAUUUGCUGCCCCUGGCUCGGGACUCCGAUCCGCAGCAGCCAGCCAGACCUGUGUGUGCAGAGGGGGGUUUGUUCGAACUGGGAAAGAAGAAGCGGGCGGGGGGCGGCCGCUGCUGUUCCUGGCACCGCUCGUGUGUGUGCACAUCUCCCCUUCGGCUUAUAAAAGUUUGCCUCAGCAAGCCGGGGGGCGCCUCGCUCCGCCUCAGCUCGGGGACCCCGUGUGCCCCUCACCCUGGAGGCACCUCGGCUGUGUUCGCAGCGGGUGAAGGUGGGAUCGUUCCCCAGGAUUUAUUGAGCUGGAUUUGCAUUUUGCACCAUGUCUUCGUGGAUCGCGGCUCCGCUGGUGGCUUUCACCGGGCUGCUGCUGUCACUUUCGGCCGGGGCUGAUGUGAAGGCUCGGAGCUGCAGUGAGGUGCGGCAGGCGUACAGUGCCAAAGGCUUCAGCCUGGUCAAUAUACCCUUUCAGGAAAUAGCAGGGGAACAUUUGAGAAUCUGUCCUCAGGAGUAUACAUGCUGCACCACAGAAAUGGAGGACAAGUUGAGCCAACAGAGCAAACUGGAGUUUGAAAACUUGGUGGAGGAAACAAGUCACUUUGUGCGCACCACCUUUGUGUCCAGGCACAAGAAGUUUGAUGAAUUUUUCCGAGAACUUUUGGAGAACGCAGAAAAAUCCUUAAAUGAUAUGUUUGUACGAACGUAUGGAAUGCUGUACAUGCAGAAUUCAGAAGUGUUCCAGGACCUCUUCACAGAACUGAAACGAUACUAUACAGGAGGCAAUGUAAACUUGGAGGAGAUGCUGAAUGAUUUCUGGGCUCGGCUAUUGGAGCGAAUGUUCCAGCUCAUAAACCCCCAAUACCAUUUCACUGAGGACUAUCUGGAAUGUGUAAGCAAAUACACAGACCAGCUGAAACCAUUUGGAGAUGUACCCAGGAAACUGAAGGUUCAAGUGACUAGAGCUUUCAUUGCUGCACGGACCUUUGUUCAGGGGCUGACUGUAGGCAGAGAGGUUGCAAACAGAGUAUCCAAGGUCAGUCCAAAUCCAGGGUGCAUCCGUGCACUAAUGAAGAUGUUAUACUGCCCUUACUGCAGAGGACUUCCCACUGUGAAACCUUGCAACAACUACUGCCUCAACGUAAUGAAGGGCUGCCUAGCAAAUCAGGCCGAUUUGGACACUGAGUGGAACCUGUUCAUAGAUGCUAUGCUCUUGGUAGCAGAGAGAUUAGAGGGACCAUUCAACAUUGAAUCAGUCAUGGAUCCUAUUGAUGUCAAGAUUUCUGAAGCCAUCAUGAACAUGCAAGAGAACAGUAUGCAGGUGUCAGCAAAGGUCUUUCAAGGAUGUGGCCAACCUAAACCAGCACCUGCUUUAAGAUCUUCUCGCUCUGUUCCCGAGAACUUCAAUACCCGCUUUAGGCCAUACAAUCCUGAGGAGAGACCAACAACAGCUGCUGGCACAAGUUUGGAUAGACUGAGGACUAUCUGGAGGACAAUGCAACAUGGUGUAACAGACAUUAAAGAAAAACUGAAGCUUUCAAAAAAGUUCUGGUCAGCUUUACCAUAUACUAUCUGCAAGGAUGAAAGAGUGACAGCUGGCAUGUCAAAUGAAGAGGACUGCUGGAAUGGCCAUACCAAAGCUAGAUACCUGCCUGAGAUUAUGAAUGAUGGGCUGACCAACCAGAUCAACAAUCCCGAAGUAGAUGUGGACAUCACAAGGCCUGACACCUUCAUACGGCAACAAAUCAUGGCCCUAAGAGUCAUGACUAACAAACUGAAGAAUGCAUACAAUGGAAAUGAUGUGAACUUCCAGGAUACAAGUGAUGAAACCAGUGGCUCAGGAAGCGGAAGUGGUUGCACUGAUGAUAUCUGUCCUACAGAGUUUGACUUCAUCACCACAGAAGCACCACCUGUUGACUCAGACAGGAGAGAAGUAGACUCUUCAGCAAUCCAGUCUAGCCAAUCACUGUUUACGUUGUUCAUCAUCUGCAUCAUCCUUGUACUGCAGAGACAGUGGAGAUAAUCCUGGUUCUGGUCAGAGAGACUGUGUUUUAGCUACGAAAACAGCCAACUUGCUCCUUUUCUUACACUCUUGGACAAUGGACCAUGCCACAAAUACUUACAGUUUUCUAUGAGAAGAGAGCAGUACUACAGCCUGCUUCCCUUUUUGUUUUCCCAAAGAGUACCAGGUGCCAGACUGAACUGCUUCCUGUUUCUUUCAAGGUAUCUGUGAAGACAAUGUCCACUCUUGAGAGAAUUCUUUCUCAGAUCUUUAUUACUGGAGACUUUCUGAGCUGCAUUAUGCUGCAGAAGUAAAAAGGAUCUUUCGGUGUGAUGUUUUCCUUAACAAGAAAAAAAAGAGAAAGAAACAAAGAAAACAAAUUUCCGUCUAAAUCAGGCCAAACUUAAGGCUGCUGCAUUUUCAAGAAAAACAAAACAAAAAGACAAAAAAAAAAGGGGGGGAACAAAAAGACAAAAGUUCUUCACAGACAGCCAGGCCUCCUCUAGGGGCUUCUGUCCAGUGAUUCAGGUCAUCAGAAUGAUCAUUACUAUUGCAAGGAAGUUUGAUUUUUUUUUCUAACACAACAAUAAGAGUAUGUCUCAAUGGUGAAUAUCUUGCACUCCAUCUGCCAACAACAUCAGAUUGGUAUGAAGGUACAGGAGGCUGAAAAAAGAAGCUUGUCUUUUAGUAUGAUAGUAACACCACUAAGCUCAGAAUAUCAUGUUACAGUUGCUUAUGAUUUAAAUCUCGAUGCCCAGUAAAAAUUUGAGUAGAUGCACUAUUUCUUUAGCUUCUUUCAGUACUGAUCGUUACAUAAUUGGCACAGAUUUCCACCUUGCGUCCCCUCAACAAUUGUGGUGAUGCUAAACAAAUCUUCCCUUUGGACAGAAAAUAAUAUCUUGUGAUAUAAUCUCUUUCCUUUUGCCACAGGUUUGACAUUGAUUAGAAUUUUCUGCUACUGUGUUCAUUAUCCCACCAACCUGACAAUACUUUAAUGAACUGAUAAGAGUGAUUGGAUCCAUAUGUGAGUUUCACACAUAACUACAUCCUUUGCAUUCAUUAGUUUCUGUAUCACAAGGGGUACUGUGCUACAAAAAGUCAAGACAAAAAAAUAUAGUACUGACAUGGAGAUUUCUUUCACUUUCUUAGUCUUAGUAUGAUCAUCUAUUUUUAUAUAUAUAAAUAUAUAGAGAUCACAGAUUUUAACUUCUUAAUUACAAGCUCAGGGUUGACACAUCUUUGUAAGGAAAAAAAUGUUUUGUCAACCAGCUCUUCUUUUUUUGUGCUGCUCUGGAAAGGAACCCUUUAAUGACUGGUGAGCACAAGAAUCAAAGAAGACAACCUUUUUACAUAUCCAGUGUCCGUUUCUUAAAAAGUUGCAAGGGGGCGAGAACCCCUUUUGUGUGUGUGCUUUCGCGUGGGCAUGUGAGUUUGUGUGAAAUGCCUACAGAAAUGCACAGAGCAGUGUGACUUGUUUUGUGAUGGCAAUUGUACUCUCAAAUGCUUCAAGAAUAUGCCACUUUAAUAAUCAUUGCCCACAUGGAUACGGCUCACAGAUAUGGCUCUGGUUUGCAUUAGAUUGCAUGACCUGAGUAUAGAGGCUUUUUUAAAGCGUGGGUAAAUGAGUGUCAGCAAGUAGGCAGACAUCAAACCCUUCCUUCCCCCCGCAACAAGAAACAAAGGGCUUCUGUGAAAAUUCUCAGAGGUAUUGAAAUGAUUUGCUACAAAUAUACUUCCUGGUUCUUAUAAUGAUUCUAGAGUUGUUAAGGACAAAAUAUGAAACCACUUUAAAGUAAGCCAGCCACAUUACAGUUAAGAUGUUGAACAUGUAAAUCGUAUAUGUUCCAAUCUCGUUUUCUUAUCAGAUUAUAAUUAUCUAUCAAUUUAGCCAUUAAAUUAAAGUAGUAAACACACAGCACAAUAGGAUAAAGUAUAUUUAAACACUUUUACCAAUAUAUAUAUAUAUUUACAAACUACUAUCAAUAUAUUGUCUAAUAAGAAAAACAAAAUGUCAGUUUUUAAGACCCUGUAUUCCAUUUUUUGUUUGUUGUUGUUUUUUAUUUAAAACUUGAUAAAAUUCAGCAUUGCUGGCCCAAUUCAGUAUCACAUGCUUUGCGGAGAAACCAUCAGUUUUAUAGCCAGGGUCUGUGUUCAUGUCAGACAUUGCAUAGAUAGCUCUGGGCAGUGUUUCCAGUCAUCUUCAUGCUUCACUUUAGAACACUUAGCGGCUAAAGUUAAAUUUCUUCGUUAACUCAAUGUCUACACUAGCACUUUUGUCGGUAAAACUUUUGUUGGUCGAGGUUUAAAAAAAACAUGCCCCUGACUGACAUAAGUUACAUGGACAGAAGUGCAGUGUCAUUGGGAUACGCUCUCCCGUCAACAUAGCUACUGCCGUUCACUGGGGGUGGUUUAAUUAUGCUGGCCGGAGAGCUCUCUCCCAUCAUCAUAGAGCAGCUACACGGGAGACCUUACAGUGGUGCAGCUGCAUCGAUACUGCUGUGCCGCUGUAAGGCCUCUAGUGUAGACACAGUCCGUAUCAGUUAAAGCCAACCCAUGCAGCAGAUUUGCUUGACCCCUGGUAAGCACCACACUAAGAAGUUCUUUCCUCUGGAUUUUUUCAUUGAUUUCUACAUACAGUGGAACAUGAGGGAGAUUUCUCUGAAAAUCUCCCCUAGUCCUCAACCUUCUCAUUCUACACAUCUACUGGCCCCUACUUGCACUGCUGCACUUCACAUGUCGUCUUUCAGAACAUGAGGGAUUCAAUUUGACUUGUACAAUUCAGCAUUUAUCCUGCAGUAAAUUAUGUCAAUUUCACCCGAUUACGCUCUGUCAAGAAGCUUAUGUAAUGAAAUCAACCCAGCUACAUUGAGGCACUUUCACUGCUGCAUCCAACUUCUGCUGGGUAAAGCAGAGUUGGGGUAGAUUGCAAACAAGCCUCUUGUGGAUCCCUGAUUCUCUGCACUAGCUCUGGCGCUGGUUAGGGCAGCCUGCUGGCUGAAGCACAUAGCUGGAGCCCGCAUGCUCUUGCCACCUAUCCCACUGUCUUGAUCCAACACACACCUCCACCCACCUCAGUAUGUCUUUUUGGCAGGGAGGGAGACAUAGGGGCCAGCUGUGCCUGCUGGUGAAUCUUCCCACACCAGCAGAAUCCCCAGCAGGGGACUUGCAGGAGGUGUCAGCUCAAUUUGCAGAGAGCAAAAGCAGUGGAUGUUGGCAGAAGAUCUGCUCUGCUGAACCAAAUUCAUCCUUAGCUUAACUUAAUUGGCUUCAUUAGAGUUAUGCCAGGAGUGAAUUUUCCCCAUAGUAUUUUAUCUGUUUUCCUACUGUUUUUUUAAAAGUGAGGUAAUGUCAGAACAUGGAGAUCCCUCUGUAUGAGAGGUCAGGCACAUAGCUGUUGGAGAGUCCCUAGCUUGAAUGUUUCUCUCACAGAUCACAUUUUGCUGAGAUUUAAAGGAGCUAUUAAAACAACAGAACAUAUGAAAUUGGGAAUUAAGAAAUAAAACAAACAGUGGUGUUUAUAAAUGCAAGAAUCUAGAUCAUUUAAUGUGCCUCUACUUACAGCCGCUUUACUCCUAAUAAGUAUUUUGGUGGUUUUUUGUGUGCCACAACUGAAAUAAUACUCUUCUGUUUAUGAUUGUUAAAGUAAGAGAGAAUAAAUGACACUAAUAAACUUUUUAGAAGUCUGGACCUAGAGUCUGAGGCAAAAUCUCUGGAUUACACAGCCCUCUAGUGUCACGUAAUCCUGAAGUUCUGUGCAGCUUUGUUUACAGUUUAUAAAUGGAGGAUUUGAAUGAAUUAUAUAUGGUAAUGAAUAGUGCGGUCAGCACGCUGUAUUUUUUAUUUUGGUAUUAAUUCCAUUUAUUUUACCCUGUCCCCGCCUUGUCAGAAUGCUACAGAUUUUUGUAUUGACAACUCAUCGCUGUAUCAUAGAGGUUGUCAGGGGAGAUGUAGGAGGGCGCAGCAGUUGAGUAGGAGGAAGUUGGGGAAUAGUGGAUUGUGAUUUCAUCUUAAACUGGAGGAAUGGGGGAACCUACUAUAAGGAGGUUUUUAGGUCCACCAACCAGGCCCCAGGUUACUUUUAAGACCCUAGCAAAGGAGACAAUCACUGCUUGCUGUAGUAGACAAAAAACACUGCUAAUUCCAGAGUUCAGAUCCAAAGGUUUAUUUUAGCAUAGGUACAAGGUGCCACACUCCAGUGAUCAGCUGAGGGUGACCAACCAAUGAUUCGGCUGAGUACACAGCUGUACACAAACAAAGACAAAGACUUAAGUCUCUGUGCAGUCCUUUAUACCCAAGAUGAAACCAUACUUUUAUCAACACAUCCCCUCUGAUUGAUUACAUAAUAAUUAAUAAUGUUCUAUGACCAAAUAUAAGAUUCCUCAUUACACCCUAAAUUAUAUAACUUAUUUACUUCUGAACCAUAACAAAACUAUUCAUCUGAAUAUUUGACAGGGAUUUGGGGACUUUUCUUGUUUAUCCUAAUUAUAUUUGGCAGGAUCAUCUUAACCUUUCAUUGUAUCUUCAUCCUUGUAACCUUGGCCGUGUCCUGUACCCAAAUCAGAGACAUGUCAAGAACUGAACAGGAUAAUUAGUACACUAAAUGGCUUUGUUUUGCACUCAUUCCCAAAAAGGAGUAUUCAAAGGUCUUAUGAACCAAACUAUUAAACUAAGCCCACAUUUAUAUGGCUUAUAGCGCUUGCUUAUAUAUUGCUAGCUCAUAUGUAAAGUAUAUAUUAACCAUUAAAUACAUGUAGGCCCUUACCAUUUUAUAUGAGGCAAGUUCACCUAAUCACUGUCUCACUUCCUUACUCUGACAAUGUGCCCCAGACAAGGUCAUGGUAAAGGCCAAGAUAUCCCAGUUCCCUAGAGAGCUUGUGUUAUUAUCAUUGCAGCACUUUGCUCACAUCAUUCUCCACACCUUUUUAGCAUCUGAGUAUGAAUGGUAAAGAUCAGCCAAGCUCUGGAUGGUCUCCCUGUCCUGUGGAGCACCCUUACAGAUGCAAGGUCUCCCACCAUUGUCUGAACCUACCCUCACCGCUUCCAUGCAAUAGUUAGAAAAUUUAGAACUGUUCAUGGAGAGCUCUAAAUCACAUGCUAAGCCAGGUCACAAGAAGCAUCACUUGUCCCUAGCUGCAAACCAACCCAAAGAUCAUGCUCAAAUAUCAAUAUAAUUAAAUGGCCAUUUAAGCACUUUUUUUCAUUGUUGAUUUUAACAAAAAUCAAAAAACAAAAACACAGCACCUCUCCUGUGACUCUCCUCCUUUCACUUUACACGUAAGGAAAAUCCAUUAAGACCAAAUACAGAAUGUUUUAGAUUGAUUCCAGCCAUGAAAAUCAGAUUGCCACAAAUUUAUUUAUGGAAACAAAAGAAUGCAUACGGAUUGCACUUAUUAACAAGAAUGCCAAAUUUUAAAAACCACAAAGCUGGCAUUUGUUACACUAACCCACAAAGUCUCUACUUUGCUAUGCCUGAUGAAUAAGAAGGAAUAGAGCCAAGGAGAGUACAGUAUCAAGUGGCAUUGUGAAAUCCUCAAGCUGAAGCAGUUUCAAAGGGAGACAGAACAUUAAAAUGCUGAGGAUUAGAUGCAGAGUGUUGUGAAUACAUUGUCAGAGAGUGAGAGAGAGAGCGAGAGAGAGAGCAAUGCUUACAUCCUACUAACGAAAGACAAACAAUGCACUGAAUGGAGUAACAUUUCCAUUCUACACAGACACACUCACUGUGAUGAUCACAUUAAUGUGCAAUUAUCCACCCCUAUUGAAUGAGCAAACAGCAUACACAAACAUCUAGAAUUGGUGGUAACAUGCAGCACAAAGCAAAAGACAACUGACAUUUGCUAUUAACCGCUUUCUCAUCUUUUCUACAGCACAGGAAACCAAAUGGAAAAACAAGAAAGCAGGCCUGAGCUCCUAAUCUAGUGCAUUCAUGAAGCAGUAGUUAAAAACAAAACUUUUAGAAAUAAGAAAGGGAAAAGAUUUAGAGAUAUUCCUCCUGGAAACUUUUUCAGCAGCCUCUUGUAUCUUUAUGGGCUUAUUUAUUGACCCAGAUUAUUUGCACGGUUAUCUGAUGAGAACUUGAUAGUGGUAAUAUGAAUUGCCCUUAGACUAGAGUUAUUGUUUCUAAUAAAUGGACCAUGUAGUUUACAACUCUGUUUUUACAUUUCAGAUAAGGAACUAAUUUGUGUCUGAGCUAUAUUUUAUGGGUGAAAUCCUGGCCCCAUUGAAGUCAAUGAGAAUUUUGCCGUUGACUUUGAUGAGGCCAAGAUUUCAAUGAGAAAGGUAAUUCCAUUUUGCAGAGAACAUUGCUAUUUGCUUGCAUUCUGAUUCAGAACCAAAACCAAACAUUUUAAACUUCACUGUGAAAGGGAGCAGAUCCCUUACGCCAGGGCAAUCUGCCUGGCAGGCUACCUCCCAGCCACAGACAAUGGAAACCUGGGUCCCUGACUCUGAGGCAAUUUGCCUGGCAGGCUCCCCUCAGUCUGCCAGCUAGGCUGCAAAGGAGCCAAGCAGGUGGGCUGACAGGAAACCAGGCAAGUUUCCCAUAGAAUUCUACCUGGGUUUAAAUCAAACUGGUUCCAUGAAUAAUGUCUAUUUUGAUGGAUUGGCAAAUUCUGAUGAAAAAACAUUUGUGGAAUUUUUCUGACCAGCUCUAAUUUUAACCUGUAUCCGACCAUGCAGCUUCAGCAUUAUGCUGAGUCACAUAUGCAUGAGGGAUUUUUGUCUCAUAGUGCACCAGAAGUGCUCUCUCUCUCUCUCUCCAUUCCCUUAUUCCUAUUCCAGCCCUAGUAAAUCUGUCAGGCUACAUCUUUCAGGAAGCAGGCAGCACCUAGUGGUGAAGGGGUUUUUCUGUUGCUAAGAGAUCAGAAAUUGGCCCUUUUCUGUUUUAGUUCUUCACUGAGGAGGAAAGAGGUAAUGGAAGGGCAGUUCUUUCUCUUUCAGCCUCUCACCUCAGUCCCUGGAAAAAUCAUGGCGCAGGUCCUCAAGGAAUCAAUUCUGAAGCACUUAGAGGAGAGGAAAGUGAUCAGGAACAGUCAGCAUGGAUUCACCAAGGGCAAGUCAUGCCUGACUAAUCUAAUUGCCUUCUAUGACGAGAUAACUGGUUCUGUGGAUGAAGGGAAAGCGGUGGACGUGUUGUUCCUUGACUUUAGCGAAGCUUUUGACACGGUCUCCCACAGUAUUCUUGUCAGCAAGUUAAAGAAGUAUGGGCUGGAUGAAUGGACGAUAAGGUGGAUAGAAAGCUGGCUAGAUUGUUGGGCUCAACGGAUAGUGAUCAAUGGCUCCAUGUCUAGUUGGCAGCCGGUACCAAGUGGAGUGCCCCAAGGGUUGGUCCUGGGGCCGGUUUUGUUCAAUAUCUUCAUAAAUGAUCUGGAGGAUGGUGUGGAUUGCACCCUCAGCAAAUUUGCAGAUGACACUAAACUGGGAGGAGAGGUAGAUACGCUGGAGGGUAGGGAUAGGAUACAGAGGGACCUAGACAAAUUGGAGGAUUGGGCCAAAAGAAAUCUGAUGAGGUUCAACAAGGACAAGUGCAGAGUCCUGCACUUAGGACAGAAGAAUCCAAUGCACCGCUACAGACUAGGGACCAAAUGGCUCGGCAGCAGUUCUGCAGAAAAGGACCUAGGGGUUACAGUGGACGAGAAGCUGGAUAUGAGUCAACAGUGUGCCCUUGUUGCCAAGAAGGCCAAUGGCAUUUUGGGAUGUAUAAGUAGGGGCAUUGCCAGCAGAUCGAGGGACGUGAUCAUUCCCCUCUAUUUGACACUGGUGAGGCCUCAUCUGGAGUACUGUGUCCAGUUUUGGGCCCCACACUACAAGAAGGAUGUGGAAAAAUUGGAGAGAGUCCAGCGAAGGGCAACAAAAAUGAUUAGGGGACUGGAACACAUGAGUUAUGAGGAGAGGCUGAGGGAACUGGGGAUGUUUAGUCUACGGAAGAGAAGAAUGAGGGGCGAUUUGAUAGGUGCUUUCAACUACCUGAAAGGGGGUUCCAAAGAGGGUGGAUCUAGACUGUUCUCAGUGGUAGCAGAUGAAAGAAAAAGGAGUAAUGGUCUCAAGUUGCAGUGGGGGAGAUUUAGGUUGGAUAUUAGGAAAAACUUUUUCACUAGGAGGGUGGUGAAACACUGGAAUGCGUUACCUAGGGAGGUGGUGGAAUCUCCUUCCUUAGAAGUUUUUAAGGUCAGGCCUGACAAAGCCCUGGCUGGGAUGCUUUAAUUGGGGAUCAGUCCUGCUUUGAGCAGGGAAUUGAACUAGGUGACCUCCUGAGGUCCCUUCCAACCCUGAUAUUCUAUGAUUCUUUCCUUUCAGCUAAAAUACAUUAAGCUGCAAUCUACCGGACUUUUCUUGGACCUUACUUAGGCAAAACUCCCAGGGAAGACAAAUCCAGUCUCCCUAAAAGUCAGUAAGCAUUUGACCUGAGAAAGGAGUGCAGUAUUUGACUUUCAGUUCUGAGUAGCAGAGAAGGGAAGAAAUGUAACUUCUCAAAAGCUAGCGCAAGGCUACACGACAGCGCUAUGUCAGCGCAGCGGCACCCAUGCAGCUGUGCCGCUGUAGCAUGUCUGGUGACCAUAGGUGCUGGAACUCCAGGUGCUGGGGGUGCUGCCGCACUCUCUGGCUUGAAGUGGUUUCUGUUAUAUACAGGUACAGGGUUUACAGUUUGGUUCAGUGGCUCUCAGAAGCCCCACUAUAAAAAUUGCGUCAUUGCACCCCUGCUGGUGACAACGCGCUAUGCCGAUGGGAGAGCACUCUCCCAGUAGCAUAAUUUCUCCACCUCUGCGAGAGGCGGAAGCUGUGUCAGUGGGAGAGCGUCUCCCGCCAACAUAGUGCCAGUGUAGAUAGCAUUUAAGUCGCUGUAACUUGCAUCGCUCAGGGCGGUGUCUUUUUCACAUCCCUGAGCCACAUAAGUUACAUCUACUUAAGCGGUAGUGUAAACCAGCCCUUAGAGGCCAGUCAUUUAGACAGCUGUGUGGGUGUCACUCCAUGAGCUGCUCCGAUAUCUCCGCUGAACUUGGCACGCCCACUCAAAUCAUCUGAGGCAAGAAUUCUUGCAGUGUAUCUGUAUUCUGUCCACAGACGGUCUUAUUUGUUCUUCCAAAAAGGCUGGAGGGAUAGUUGGUGGCUAAUUGGGAGAAGCAGGGAUUUCAGAAUGAAACACAGCAAGUUUGUGAUGUAAAGAGGAAAAGGAGUUAGAAUCAACAGGAUUGCAUAAGGAGUAAGGCAGUUACAAUACCACUGUCCAGCUUUUGCUUGGCUUCUCCUGGCUAGAUAGCUUUCAUUUUACACUUUUUACAGCCUACCUGGCAGCUCCCCAACAUGCAGGUAGUUGAAGGCUUCCUAGCUCAGAGAAGUUUGCUAGGCUGAUGCUAGGCCUUACAGGCACACUGUCUUGUCCUGUAUCUUUCUGUCCCAGGCUGUAGCUCUGCUCUCUGAAACAGAACUAAGUGAUUCCGAAGUCCCUAUUCUAAGAAGCAUAAAUAAUGUAAGCCCCAAAGCCCAUCAUUUCUGACGAGUUUAUUUGAAUGACUCAUUUCCAAAGUGUGUCCAGUGAGCUGUCUUCUAAAGCCCACAGUGGACCUUAUUUAUACAUCUCUGUUACCCUAAUGGAGUGGAUGAGACGGUGUUCCAUCUUCCCAGCUGAUGCUCAGACUGGUAGCUGAAGGUAGUACUGACCUCACCCCAGAUCACUGAGAGAAACAUGAGUUAUGGGGAAAACCCCUGGAGAUGUGUGUUUGGAAACUAAAGAUUAAUUAUAUGAAUGUCUGUUAAGGAAAUGCACUAAGCACCAUUUGCCCAUGUCACUCUGUAGUUUAGUAUAGGUCAAACUGAAUUACACAAACAAGCUUUGCCCAACAAAUGCUGUAUUUCUUGCACCCACUUUAGCACGGUUUGCAGGCUAUUAGAGGGAGAGAAAGAGAGAGAGAGAGAAGGCAACUAUCAAUUUCUCUCCACCUUGUUUCACUCACUUCUCAGUGUCACCUAAUCUUGUCUGGCUUGAAUGGCCAAUUUUCCUGAACCCAUCAGCUCAUCUAGAAUGAAGACUAGUGCAUAUGCUGGUCAUAUUCACUUCACAAAACAGCACAGAGGUGACUUUCUAUCUUCCUUCUAAAUAGCCUCUGGAGAGCUCUGCAUCAAUGUUUAAUUUGGCAACAUGCUGCAGCCAGAAGAGAUAAUAACAGUUAAAAUCCUGUUCACAUCUUUUUCUUCUUGACAGGAUCUAUUCCACCCCCAACUUCACCCCUUAUUUUCCAGACUCAGACAGCUGGGUGUACUACUAUAGCUGUUAGAAAACACUCUACAUCAGUGGUUCCAUUGUGGCAAAAUAUUGCUUCUUUCUCUUGCCUUGUGUUUUGGAUUGUCCUAUUGUUCUGGUCAUCCAGCAAAGCCAGCAGAGAAUUUGCCAAUUUGCUGAAACCAGAAUUAGCUCAAAAUGCCACAACAGCAGCAGAAGUUUGCAGUCAAUACUGUGUGAGAUGUUUUGGUUUUCUCUUUGGGGUUGUUUUUAGAAUUUCAUCCCGAGUGUCUGUCCGUUUAUGUUUAUACCAUGAUUAUUAUAUCAUUAUAUAUAUAUAUGUUUAUAUGUGAGCGUUAUGUUAUACGGAUACAUUAUACAUACCUCUAUGGAUCAUUUAGGCACUUAAAUGAGUCAGCCAGAUAGAAUCAUAGAAUCAUAGGCCUGGAAGAGACCUCAAGAGGUCAUCUGAUACAGUCCCCAGCACUCAUGGCAGGACUAAAUAUUUAACAGUGCUCAGCAGCCAGGCCCACAUCCACAAAGAGAUGUAGGCGUUGCAACUUGUACUAUACAAUGCCGGGGGAGAGAGAUAGGCACUUUAGACUGCAAUCCACAAAAACCAGCAUGCCAGGUGAGGAGCCUUCUAAGCUACCCAGUGGGAGAUGCUCAUGAGAGGGAUGUGCCCUAAGCCCCUCCCCGUCAUGGAGACAGGUUCAGGGAGGUGCCUAUCUCCACAAAUGGUAACCCCCGACCUGGAGUCUGGCACCUUAGGCUCUUCUUAUUGGAAUGAGUUAGAUACCUCCACACAAAGGAGGAGGAGGUGUCAUUCCCCACCUUAUAAUUUUUAGUCCAGUGGUUAGAGCACUCCACCGGGAUAUGGGAAACCCAGAUUCAGUUCCACAUUCUUUGACAGAGAGGGGGAAGAAAGGAUUUGAGCAGGGAGCUCCUACCUCUCUGGACAGUGCACUAACCACUGAGCGAUGGAAUAUUCCAGUGUGGUGGAAUCCCUCAGUCUUUCCUAUUGAAGCUUUUCCACUCUGGCUAAAUACUUUAACAGCCACUGAGCCAGGGAGAGAGCAUGAGAGGGAGAGAACUGUAGGGCAGCGGUUAGCGGACCCAUCUGGCAGGCGGAAGAAGCUGGGGGGCCCAGUCUCCCUGCACCAAUCACUCUGUCAUUAGUUAUCCAUAAAGGAACAGCUUCAACAGAAGAGAAUGAGGGAAUCCCGUAUCAGGCUAUCCCAUAGCUCAGUGGUUAGGGUACACUUCUGAGAGGUGGGAGAUCCCUGUUCAAAAUCUUUCUUCCCAUCAGGAGAUGGGGGGAACUGAGUCUGGAUCUCCCAUGUGCUGGGAGAAUGCUCUGACCACUGGGCUAAAAGUUAUAAGGUGGACACUACCACCAUCAGAUUUCAAAUAGAGCCUGAGUUGAUAGAUAUGCACAGAGGCUGCCUACCAGAUCAGGACCUCCACACAGCUUAGGUGGCCAAGCAUCUAUCUUCCACCAGUUUGUGAAUUGCUCUGGGACUUAAAUGAGAGGGAUGCAGCAGUGCACAUGCCCAGAGGCUGAAACAUAGGCACUUAGAGAACUUUUACCUUGAAAACAUAGACACCGAGUGUGUUUAGGUGCCUACAAGGUUUAAUGAAGGUUCUGUGGCUCACAGUGGAGCCAAACUAGGACUUAGGCACCUAAACCCGGGUUUGGGUGCCUAAGUACCUUUGUGGAUCUGGGCCAUUCCCCUUUGAGUGUAAAGUGCUGACAAAUCGACGCUGGGUUUGCACAGAUGUAAAUGAUUAAACAAGGUGCAAGGCAAGGCAGGGUCAGGUCCCUGCUAUCCUUAGUCUCUCACCCAUCAGUUAGUACAUCCAGACUCAUGCAGCUGUGAACUUUUCUUUUUUAGUGGCUAACUAUGUAAUGAAUUCCUGGCCACCAACACUCCCCAUGGCUGCCCUCCAAACAGCACACGCAUGGCAUGAAGAACGGCACUCAAGACCAGCUGUCCUGAAAUGGCAGCUGCCAUGAGGUAGGUCAAGGGCUGCAUUGCAGUGGGCUGAAGCACAGCCCCUACAGGUGGCUGCCUUAACGAGGUUUAAUGUGACAAGGGGGCCCAUCAAUAAGAGGCAGAGAUGCUAGAGAAGGGGAUUAAUAUAGCACAGGGAGAGUGA